AUGACUCAGUCUAAAGAUUAUAACUGGCAGCAGGUAAAGCCUGGAGUAUGGCAACGUCCCAUCGACGAGAUUGAACAAUUUUAUUUAUCACUAGUUGUUCUCUACGAAGCAAGUGGUCGCAUGUUCUUUGGAAUCACUGGGCACAUCUCACUGUCAAUCCAAAGUCCCAAAGGCAUACCCUCAAAAGACGCUGAACGCCAUGUUGAUGAAGCUUUACGGAAAGCCUGGCUCGCGCUGAGAUACGAUCACCCUACACUUGCAUCUCAAGUAACCCAGGACCUUGAAUCAGGAGAAUGGGUCAAAACUUACAAGCUUCUCGAUGGAGAAGAAGAUAAGAAUGAUUGGGUUGAAAAGACUCUUGUUCACAUCUCUAAUGGCCAGACUGGAAAUGAGUGGGCAAACUCGGAUCCUCCAGCCCCCAAGGUCCCUACAAUGUUUGUCCUUCAUCUCCCCAGCGAAGAAAAAGAUGGCUCCGGAAUCAUCCGUCGAGAUCUUAUCUUACGUUCUCCGCAUGACAUCCUCGACGGUAUUGGAACUCUCAUACUCCUCAACAACUUCAUCGCUCUCGCAGCAGAAGCAUACAAAAAAGGCGAUGUCUACAAUCCUCCAGUCCUGGACGGAAGUGAAGCUUCAAGCCUAAGUCCCUCCUAUCGCAUCGCCGCCAAUAUUCCAGACACCCUCCCAGAAUCUCAAAUGAUUAGACUGGAUGCAAUGGCCGUUCAAAAAGCCUCAGUAGCUUCUGAUCCCAGCAUUGAAGUUCUUGCUCUUCCAUUCCGAAAAGGACAGGUUGUGCCUGGUCAUCACCAACGCGUGGCACUUUCUUUCACCGAAAAAGAGACUAAACAGCUCUUAGCUGCUUGCAAGAACGUCAAAGCUACUCCAACACACGCUUUCCAUGCAGCUGCAGCCAUUGUCGUACGCGAUGUCCAAGAUAAACCCGUCAAGACGAAGAAGGUGCGGUACAUCAACUACAUCUUACGAAACGAGCGACCUAAUUGCUUCGAGCCAUAUAAUUCUAUGAAACAUCCAGCUGCUGUUUACCAUUCUGUCUCUGGUCAGAGUCUUGUGGUAGACAUGGAUCUUCACCCAUCAACCUACCAGCCUGACGCGGUCGUUCGUCAAAAAGAGUUGGAGUCAGUUUUGCAGACUAUCAAAGAUUUUUAUCUCGCCGUUAAACAAGACAAGGACUUUCAUAUCCUUGCACCAACAAUGUUCUCCCAAGCUACCCCCGAACUCCCUUCGUCUCCCCGUCCACUCCCCAUUCCACCUCCCAAAGCUCAUCCAUCAGUAUCCAUUUCGAGCAUGGGACGUGUCGAGAGUAUCGUAGCACCCGAGACUGAAGCUUUUAGUGCUCGAGAUCCGUGGGUAACUGGAGAAGAACUUGGGAAUGGAUUGGGGCUGUUUUUGGGUACGUUUCGAGGAGAGUUGUGUUUGAGUGCUGCGUAUAAUGAUGCGUGGCAUACGGAGGGGGAUGUGAGGGCGUAUAUGGAGCGUUGUAAAGAGGUGGUUUUCCUCGGGCUAGGAGGGAUAGAGGCGUAG